CGUUCUCUUCAUUCCAUUCUCUUUCUAAACAUUUGGACUGCGGAGCUGGAAGACGUCGUUUGGAUUGCUGCUUAGGAUAUAGAACCACGUGAAGCUUUAACAUGAUAAAUCAGGAUUUGGUUGAUUACUUGAAAGGUCAUGGAGUAUGUGUUGUAUGCCAGCUGAGAUAUCUGAAGGCACGUGGCAAUGAAUAUAAAGAUAUAAAAGAGAGCUUAGAGAAGCUCAAUGUCAAAUAUGAGGCGGCAGCUCCACAAGAUGAAGAAGAGGACAAUAGUGAAACGGUGUGUAAGAAAGCAAAGCAACAAAGUUGUCCCUGCUGUUUGGGACUGUUUUCGCAUAGCUUUCAGUCUCAGCUGAUUGAAUCCAUACUCCAAACAGAUAUCCACAAAUUUGAAUGCAGUGAUAUUGUUGUGGCCAUAUCAAUGCCCAUGAUUGUACAGACAAGACAACUGGCAAUGUGGUAUGCACUGCUGGAAAAAUUUGGCAAUAAGAUUGACAAGGAACGUGCACCAGAUGUUCCGCUUAAAGAGGCAAUAAAAUUAAUUAUAAAUCCCAUUAUCUGUAAGGAACUACAGAAGGGAUAUGAUGCCAAUGGGAUUAUGAUAAAUAUACAACUGUCUCACAACAUGGAGGAGGAUAAUUUAAAGAAAUUGAAACAACUUCAUGAGAAAGCCUUUCCCACUGCCCCAAAUACCAAACGUCAGGUGGUAUCACGAGGAGUACUUGAUAAACAGUAUAUGCCAAAACGGAUAAAAGCUGAUCUGUUCAAGGAGUAUUUUACAGUACCACCACAGGCCGAUGAUAUCCUUAAACUAGAUUCCAUUGAAAUGACGGGCCCAACGGUAUUUGUGGCUGGUCGAUAUCGUAAAAUAUCCCGGGAAUUGUCUCAUACCCCCUGGGUACUAAAUGGCAAACGGGUUAUGGAAGACAGCAUUGAGGAGAUAAUAAUACGAACAGUGGCUCCCUACUUUUGCAAAGACAUUUCUAGAGUAAUUUUUAUGUCGAGUGGACGAGAGGAUGUCGAUGUACGUUGUCUUGGUAAAGGCAGACCUUUUGUUUUGGAAAUUCCCAACUCAAUACAUACCACACUUCCUACUGCUGAAGCUCAUCGCAUGGAAUGUGAAAUUGAUAAAUCAUGUAAAUUAUCUGUGAAAAAUCUUCAAAUGGUGCAACGAGAAGAACUGGUACACAUCAAAUCCGGCGAGGAACAAAAGAAAAAAUACUACAGAGCUCUCUGUAAAUUACAUGAUCCUGCAACACCGGAGAUACUACAGAAGUUAGACAUACCGGAAGGCUUUCAAAUACAACAAAAGACCCCAAUACGUGUACUCCAUCGCCGGCCCCUGCACACAAGACCGCGAAUGAUUUACAAGAUGAAAGCUUCGGUCGAUAAAGAUAAUUUAAGGGUUCUAGUUCUAGAUGUGGUAAGUCAAGCGGGCACCUACAUUAAAGAACUAGUUCACGGCGAAUUUGGACGUACAACACCAUCGGUUUCCUCAAUCAUUGGACAACCAGUUGAUAUUUUAGCUUUGGAUGUAAUGGCAAUUGAUUUAGAUUGGCCCAAGGAUGUUGACAACAGUCUCCCAGAAUAACAUUUCGUAAUUCGUUGUUUUUAACAAUAAAACACCCAUAUAUAAAUUGUUUA